GCUGGUCACCCGCCCGGCGGCGCUUCCCCGGCGUCGGGGAAGGGAAAAAGGGUUAAGUCACCGGCGUCGAGAAUCCACCCUCGGAAACCCGGCUUCCAUUGAGGAGCCUCCCCCGGGGCCGGUCCCUUUGGAUUAAAUUAAAACCACACACGCUCAUAAAGCAACAACUGCACAAAACAACAAACCGAACACCAACCCCAGCUACACGCCCCUCGGGCAAGGCGGCCCGGCAGGAGCCUCCCCGCCCGCUUCGCCGAACCAGCAUUUUUGCCCAGGAUUUCAGAAGAGAGCUGUCAAGCAGAUCCCAGACUCAGAGAGCAGGUGCUUUGGACAAUGAACUGGAUCAGCCCAUUCCUGAUGUAAAAAUGUCUCACAGUAACCGGGAGCUGGUGGUUGACUUUCUUUCUUACAAGCUUUCACAGAAGGGAUACAAUUGGAGUCAGUUUGAAGAUGAGAACAGGACUGAGGCCUCAGAAGGGACAGAGAUACCUAGUACUGUGAAUGGCAGCCCCUCUUGGCACCCUGCUGACAGCCGUGCAGUGAGUGGGGCCACAGGACACAGCAGCAGCCUGGAUGCCCAUGAGACAAUUCCUGUAGCUGCUGUGAAGCAAGCUUUGAGGGAGGCAGGAGAUGAAUUUGAACUCCGGUACCGGCGGGCAUUCAGUGAUCUGACAUCCCAGCUCCACAUCACUCCAGGGACGGCUUAUCAGAGUUUUGAGCAGGUAGUGAAUGAACUCUUCCGGGAUGGGGUGAACUGGGGCCGAAUUGUGGCAUUCUUCUCCUUCGGAGGGGCAUUGUGUGUGGAAAGCGUGGAUAAAGAGAUGGAAGUCUUGGUAGCACGCAUCACCUCCUGGAUGGCCACUUACUUGGAUGAGCACCUAGACCCAUGGAUCCAAGAAAAUGGCGGUUGGGACACCUUCGUGGAGCUUUAUGGGAAUGAUGCAGCAGCAGAGAGCCGGAAGGGCCAGGAACGCUUCAACAGAUGGCUGCUGACUGGCAUGACAGUGGCUGGUGUAGUCCUGCUGGGGUCCCUGUUCAGCCGGAAGUGACCAUAUACUGAAUCUACCUUGGAACCUCUCUGAUCCACCCACUGCAACCGUCAUGGCCUGUACCCUGUCCUGACACAGAGGAAAUUCACUACAUGCAACUGACUUGUAUCACCUGGGGCCAAACCAGGACUUUUCCUACUGUCCCCAUUCCCUUCCCCCCUCCAAAGUACCCAGUGGUAUUCAAUCUGAGACCCUUGGGCCCUGUUUCUGUUGAAUCUCUUAAGUCCUCCAAAAAGAAAAAAAAAACCAACAUGCAACUUUUUGAACCUUUUUACCACACUGUGGGUGCUGGCUUUCUAGUCAUGACAUCUCUCCUCUCUCAGACUUCCUAGAGCUGGGCCUUUCCCCUAACCUGACCAAACCAAGAAGGAUCAAAAAAAAAAAAAAAAAAAAACCUUUAUAAAAACACCCAUAGAACUUUUCCAGGGAAAAAAAAGAAUAAAUCAAUUUCAUUUUUAUUUUUGUGUUACCAGAAUGGGUAAUUUUAUUCCCCUUGCAGUACUUAAUGUUGUGAAGGGUCAAGAAGAGGUAUUCUCAGAUCCAGGCCUCUACAUUACUAAAGACAGAUUUUCUCUAAGGACUUCCUGCUUGAAGCAGAGGGUGGGUGGCUUACUUGUGUAACCCUGUAGUUAGUUGUCACAGGUUCCAGAUCGCCAGGUUUGGCCAGCCUCGGGCACCUCUCCUAAGCAUGCUGCUCCUUCUGUCCCACCCACCACCUUCAGAGGUAGCCUAGGAUUCCAGUCAUACAGGUGACCCAAAGUGUCUCAGGAAAGUGACCUGCCCUGACCUUGACUGUCUUGGCUGGUCAGUUGGACCAAUAUUUUUUGCUGGAGUUAGUGGGCUUGCAGAGGGAAGGUAAUGAUGGGUGUCAGUUCAACACCAUAUCUGAGUUCUAGAAUAAGCUCCUCUCUCCUCCCUCAUAUUUAGUUCCUGCCCAUCAAGAGAAAACAGGAGGUACAAGAAGAGACCCAGGAAAAGGAGCAGCUGAGAGCUGUUUACAGCUGUUUUCCUUAGUCAAUUUAGUAGUUGGCGAUCCCAGGAGAAUGUGGACCUGCCUCUCUCCUGAAUCAUUUUUCGACAGUGCCCAGAUAAACAGGUGCAACUCAGACCCAAAGGUGAAGAGAUGCCUAGCAAUCCCUGGGGGUACUUACAGGUACUCUCGAGUACCUCUCAUUUAAGAUGGCAUGUUCUAGUGGAGUAAGUACUGGACCUAGGACUUAGAAGAGCCAGUCCAGAUCUUAGCUACGGAGCUAUAUGACCUUGAGCAAAUCAAUCCGCUGAGCCUCAGUAUUCUAUCCGAUAAGAGGGUGGACUAGCGGAUCGCUAAGAUCCUAAGGACCUGUUUGCUUGGUGAAUAGAAAAGGGAAGGGAUAGGAAAGGGAGUUUGGUCCUGAGCAAGAUUUGACUCCACCACUACCUUCCCUUUCAGGCCAUCCCCCAAACCACCUCCCUCCCUGAGCUUUCAGAAUUCCUAUUUAGGGUGCUUACUGCUUAACCAGGCCAGGCUGUUUGUCCCUUCCCACAGCCUGCCAACCUGUGGCCUCUCUCACAGGUCUGGUCUAUCAUGUAAGUGGCGCCACCCUACCAUGAAAAAUGUUUUCCUUAAUCCCAAUUGAUGGAUCAGCCAAUUCCUCACUGCUCCCAUCCCCCUCCCCCCCUCGUCACCUUGCCCCUGUAUCAUAGUCUUGUCUUUGCUGUAUAUAUUUGAGAUUAGUUUUUAUUCCUUGUGAAGAUGAUAUACUAUUUUUGUUAAGCGUGUCUGUAUUUAUGUGAGGCUCUGCAGGGCUGCUGUGUGGUGAACGCAUGGGGAGAUGGUUCCCCCUUCCCCCAUUUAACCCCAUCCUCCCUCUUCAGUGCCCCUAGGCAUAGGGGAGACUGAUUACUCCCCAGCCCAGGCCUAGGGGUCUUCCCUCCCCCAUAUCCUGACUCUUUGAAGUAGUCUGUGUGAUGGUGGAAGUGCAGUUCAACUAAUAAACUGUGUUUGAUUUGCUGGUA